CAGAUGUAGUGGAACAGGUAAGGUUGGUAAAAAGCUCCUGAGUUCUAAAUUCUAACAGAGGCCCUGUGGGUGGAACUGACUCAAAGCAGUAGGGGCAAGUUGACCAAGUCAGGUAAUUAUAUAAAUGCAAAACUGUAAAUCUCUGGGUAUAAUGGUAAACUUGCUUUUUGUUAGAUUAAUAUUAAAGUAAUCAUAGAAUCCUACAGAACCAGAAAACAGUCUUAUUUAACACACCUGUAAGGUUGUCAGACCCUCUGUUUUUACCAUUCUAUAUAUAAAGUCAGACUAUUUGGGUGUUGGCGUUCAAAGAUUAUGUAUACAGAGCAUCUAUGGGGAACAAGACUAAAACUUUAACUAUCACCAUAGAAGCCAAGAACACAGCUAUGCUGAUUGCAUUCAUUUUGCCAGAUAAUUGCUCUUUAAACAUAACCCCUAUACUUAUGCAAAGCCAUAAAUCAUUAACCUCAGAAAUGAGCCACUCAGCAGACUGGGCAGGAAAGGACAAGAUAACGAUUAAUAGGGUUAAAGAAUCUGGACAGUAAAUAUAUGAAAGGCUCAGGGGCUUGGGAGCAAAGGUAAUAGUUAUGGGGAGGGGAUGAGAACUGAGCAAAGGGAGAUCAAUAUCUAAUGAGAUAAAAAAACAUUUUGUCUCCUAAGAGAGAUGGUGACAAUGAUUGAAAGAGAUUAGAAACAGAGCUCCCAGGAAGAACCGAAAAAGUCACAAAAGAGAGAAAGAACUCGGAGCAACUCAAACUGUGCCAGCUGUAUUGAAGAGGAGUUCGGAAUAUCUAUCACUUAUAAAAAGGUAAAGGAAAUCCAGAAAGCAAUCUCGGGAGUGCAUUCCAGAUAAUAUUUCCUCAAUAUACUCCCGUAUUCCUAUUAGUGCCCAGUAAUCAAAAGGGUCUGCAGAAUGUUUUCUUAAAGCGGCACUAUCAUCCCCAUAUUGAAAAUGAAUAUUUCAUAAUAGAAUCUUAUGAAAUACUCAUUAUGACUGUUUUGGAAUUUCACUGAAAUUCAGAGAGAAAUAUAGAGACAAUGUCUCUGUAUUUCUCCUACCGCUUGACCUUUCGUGACACAAGGCAGAAUCUAUGUGUCAAUCCCUGCAGCCGUCAUCAGUGACAGCUGCAGGUAAUUGGCUGUGACUAUGGAGGAUCCCGCGCAUGCUUGAGGUUACAGCUGUGACAUCAGUUCUGGCCCUGAAGCGUCAGGAGGUGAACAGAAGCAGUGAGACCAAUAUGGCGGUGCCCGCAAGGGACAAGUUCAGGUAAGUAAUGUCAUCCUUACCUGCGCCCCCUCCCGUGGCCACUGGACCACCAGUGGCGAUGUCAUCUUUGGGGUUCUUUGCGAUUUCAGCAAAGUUCCCAGACGGUCACAGUUCCGCUUUAGGAUUGAAUACCUUACACUUUGCUUUGCAGUAGUUAUUAAUCACAGGCAACCACACACUCCUACAUGUGCUCUAUGUUAUGAACAAUCCGUAAUGUUUAACUGUUGCACCCAAUAUCACUUCUGCCAAUGGUUUAAUAUUUUUGGUUUAAAUUUUCAUAUUAUUAUAAGAUGUUCGGAUAAACUUUUUAAAAAUGUUAUUUUUCCCCCCAAAAUAUAAAAAUAUCAAAAAAAAUAUAAAAACAUUAUGUUAUCCAAAAAUAUUUAAUAAUUUGAAAAGCUUACCCCAAAAAUUUAAAUCAAAGCCAAUGUUCUCUAUAAACAAGAUAGUUUUGAUGUUUAAUUGCUUAUUAAGAUUCUCUCAUUUUGUAUUGACUAUAAGACUACUUUGAUAUACAUCUUUGGAUUGCGUGGGAAUAUCAAUGAAAUUUCAACACAGUUUGCAUCAGUAUUUCAUAAAGAUUAUGACAGAGCCUCUUUAAACUGCUCAAAAAUUGUUUAAUAUGAAAUGAAGGGAAAAUGGACUUGAAGCACAAUACCAAUUCAGGUCUUGACUUAAAGGGACACUCUCCACUGCCCAAAUACAAAAUAAAUAAAAAUCACUGUUUAGUAGAUAUACCCAAAAUGAAAACAUGCAUGCAUUUAAUUAUGCAUUUAUUCAUUUGAAUUAUAUCUAAAAACAACUUGCAAAAACUGCUGAUGUCUUGUCUGCUGCCUUUGCAAGACAUCCUCUUCUAAACCCGCCCAAGCUUUCUGUGGCUGUCCAAUCACACACUUCCUAAUUCCACUCAAUGAGAAAUAGCUAACCACACCAGGAAGUAACAGGACCUGCUAUUGGCUUGAAAAGCCUGGGUGUGUAAUGAGCAUAAAUUAUAAAAGUGUCAAUUCCUAUUAAAAUCUGCACUAUUUUCAAAAUGAAAAAAGAGGACACACUCUUCACACAUAAAGCUUUUCAGCAAGCUAAAGUGCUUUAGGGGUCUGAAAUGUCCCUUUAAUAUUUUUGGAUAAGCUUUUCAAAGAAUAUACUGUUUUUUAACAAAAAAAAUUAUACUAAAAUAUAAAAUAAGGUCUCUAUUAAAUUAGGCUGUAGUGCCUACCUAUAGUGUGUAUUUAAACAUAUGCAUUUUGCAACAGAAUUUGAAUAAAUACAUAGAUAUAAUCUUUGUUAAAAGCUAUGGAGUCCUAAAUAGGAAGGCAUUCGGCCAUUCUUCAGGAGAAAACACAAUCCAAGAGCCAGUUUUUCUAGCACUACCUGAUUGCUAUUGAACAUAAAGAAUACUGCUUUAAACACAGUAAUUUAUACACACCCUUAUUUAAGCAGUGAACAGAGAAUAACCAAUCAAACAAAUGCUGUCUUUUUGUUGUCUCUCAUUCGGCCUAGAUAGUUUAUUGCAUUCGGUCCUCACCCUAAAUAAUCAUGCACAUCCAGACUUAUUAAUUACCACCUGCUUAGAAUACACAUGACUGAUAUUUGAUCAUAACUUAAAACAGGUAUCAUUCACUAAACAAUAUUUUUGCCUCUUUUUAGAAAUAAUCAUGGAGGAUGUGGGACUUGGGUCACAGGUCAAUAUCAUUAGAAGUAAGAGAGUUCUGAUUGGAAAAAAUGUCUCACCAGCCGAUAUUCUAAUUGGAGAUGGCAAGAUUAUUAGCAUUGAUCCCUGGGGCAAGCAACAGCCAGCAAUAGGAUCACAGGUAACGCAAGAAAACGUUCAACUUAUGAACAUUCCAAAUGAAUAUCGACAAUAAAAACAUUUACAUGUAUUAGUCUAAAUCACAGAAGCUGGUUAUUGAGGAUGUCAGACUGACACACUGGGCAGAUAUACCAAGUUUUCAUUUUCAAGUAUCCUUAUAAGAAUCAUUCAGACAUGGCCACAAUCUGGGGUGUAUACUGAGUUGGCUAUUUUGGCCUAAGUUGUGCAAUGCUUUUUGUCAACUCACUGCAAUUCCCUGUUUAGUGAAUAUCCCAGUGCAUAUGAUUACUAGCUCUCUAAAUGUGUAUAGUUUUUGGGAACCAAAAAAUAAUGAUUUUUGUUGUUCAGCUCAUGAGCCAAAUUAGGUUGGAAUUUGUAUUCAGGGAAAAGUAGAAUAUGCUCAUAGUCACAUAUCAUUGGUUCCUAACUAAGUGGGUAGUCUGCAAACAAGCAGACACUAAUGGCAAAAGAUGGUUAACCCUUAGUCCCUGAGCAGUUUCUUAAAAUCUGGGAGUAAUACUUUCUUAUCCACCUAAGCAAAUGCAUCUCCAUACUGGCUUUAACUAGUGAUUGAUGUGAUAUCUAGUGAAAUCAGAACAUUUACAAUUAUGAACUUUAAGCUCAAUUUGUUCCUUGCAGCUCCUGGAUGUUGGGAACAUUGUGGUCAUGCCUGGAGUCAUUGAUUCCCAUGUACAUGUCAAUGAGCCGGGACGCAGUGACUGGGAAGGAUUCCACACUGCCACGCGGGCUGCGGCUGCCGGAGGCAUAACAACAAUCGUAGACAUGCCACUGUAAGUAAAGUAGGAUAAUACAAUAGUAGAGAAUUACAGGAGCAGGGUGCACCGUGCCUGGAUUGGCCAUAGGACAUGUGAUCAAAUACCCAGUUAGCUGGUUUGGUCAGUGGCUCUGCAUGCACUUUAUAAGAGGUGUGCAAGAGGUACUACAUUUUGAAAUGCAAAAAUGCAAACUCCCCUUAAUAAUCUCCUACUAAAUUACUCGUCCAUGCCACAAUUCCAUUUCUUUAUAUAUAGCUAACCAGAGCCUUGCACUCAACUUGCCCAGGUGCUCAACAAGUCCAACACACAGCAAGCAAGAAACGGAUCACUCACAGGUUUUAUAUAUAUAUUUAUGUCAAAUAAAUGACAAAUAAUUUGUGGUGAAACCACACUCUCAAACAGACUUCAACUUCCAGACUAGAACCAGCAAUAUGCUGAUGAGACCCAAAAGGUUGAAACUGUAUAGUCCAUAAGGGGUUUCUGGUAUUUUUGGAUCACCCUUGCAUUUGUUUAAAAAGGCUGUGUUUAAAACAGUGUCCAUUACUAUUACUCUCGAAACCAGCUGAAGAACGUAUAAGAAGUGAAAACAAACUCACAACUAGAAUGGCCCUGGCAGCCCAUAGAGCAAGUGGCAAAUUAUGGGCAGAUAAACGCAUACCUCCCCUGUCCACAGUAAAAUGGAAAAUUACAGAAACGUACAACCUCGACAAACUAACAGCACAAAUACACGACUCCUACAAAUCCUUCCAUAAAAUAUGGGACCUUUGGGUAUCCAGUGUCACCUAAAACACACCACCUCUUUUCCAGGUAGGAUCUUGUCACAGAUCUUGUAACCACAGCCUUCUAGGGUAAUGAAAGUCCAAGACACAUCCAGCUCAGUUUUUCAGAUUUAUUUGGUGAAAUAUAUCUACAGGUGUUUCAAAAAUGAAAAUAAACAAAACAAAAUUCCUUGCUCUUGCUUGAGCACUUACUAUACACAGCAAAUCCCUAUCUGGAAUUGGGUGGCUUUCCCACUUGCCAAUUUACAAAAAGUAUAACUGCAAGACACCAUUCCUCUGGCUUUUCCUCCUCACUCUGCAGCAUGCUGAUCCCUUAUUUUUAAAAGCCUGCUAGCUAAUUGAUCAGAAACAGGUGAGGUGCAAUUAGACGUAAGUGAAACUACUAAGCAAAAUAAAAGUUCUGGUCCGACUGUUACUUAGCAGCUCGUGCUAUUGGAGCACUGGCCCACCCUGCUCUCCAAGUGCUCCGCCCCCAGAGACCCAUACCGUGGUUUGCAGAGUACCAGUAAUGCAUCUUGCAAACCUAACAUCUCUCCCUGGGACAUUUAACUCUCAAAUCUCAGGCUGCUGUUCAGUAAAUCAGGCCUAAUGUAUAUGCCAUGAACUACCAAACAACAUUUUCUCUCACACCCACUACACGACCUAGAACUUCACCACACUGCCGGGUAAUACCAAAAACUGAGUAUUAGAACCAGUACCUUGCCCUCUCCCUAAAACUUGGUUACCCUUUCUCCUCUCUCUUUAAAUUAUUAUUUUUUCUUUCUUUCUCUCUCUCUCCCCCUCUCCGCACACAAACACCUGAGAGGGGAGACUGGAGUCCUGUCAAACGCUCCUCUAUUCACUACUCUCCCAACUCUAUGACCUACACCCAUUCCCCUUUCCUCUCUGAACACCAAGCCAAUGCUCACACUCAUAUGGCAACCAACACUAGGGGGUCCUGUAGCCAUCUCACUCCCGUGGAACCCACAUGCAACCACGCAGAGGCAGUGCCUCCCACAGCUAGUACUGCUUGAAUAGAACUGCAUACACAAGACACAACUUCACGGCUCAACGUGAAACAAGCACAAACCCAACUGGUCUUAUGGCCAUGAGUUCCCCCUAUGUACCACCACCACCAACAACGUGGCUCAUUGUCAUGUCAAUAUGUCAUAUUAAACGCACAGUACUGGUAAUGUACCAUGAUUGUACCAUAUUGAUGAUGUGCCUAUGAGAAGUGACGUAUGGCUCAUAUUUCUUGUGUUAAAAAUAAAUCUUUGAAAAAAACAAACAAAAACAAAAAACAGUGUCAAUUGCUAAUGGUAUCAGCAGAAAUGCAGUAUUAAGUCUGAAACACGAUGCUUGUCUAUGCUCAUUUGCAUGUUGAGCUGGGAAUUCUGGGAUAGUUAUGAAACAUGAUUUUUCACUGUGCCCAGACUUCUCAAAGUCUAUGUAAGAUAUGCAAGUGAUGAACAAAGCACAUUAUUAUUGUCUGUCUGCCUAACAUAGUGCAGGAUAAAUUGAAGGUUCUGUAAUUCAUACUACAGUUGUUACAGAUAAAAUAUACUUAUGAAAUGGAUGUUAUCCUUUAAUUACAGAAAAUAUAUUACAAAAUGAUUGGGAUCACCAAUGUUUUUUUUUCCAGCAAUAGUCUCCCACCCACCACUUCUGUGAGUAAUUUUCACAUCAAACGGAAGGCUGCUGAGGGCCAGUGCUUCGUGGAUGUAGCAUUUUGGGGUGGAAUAAUUCCGAAUAACCAGGUAAGGAAAAAUGUAAUGUUUUCCAGCGCUAAGUCUCCAUCGGUGUUGCCACAACCUCCUCCUCCUCAUAGAGAAGCAUUGGGGUCUGCUGCAAUGCACCUAAGAUUCUGCCACAGAGCAUGAUUGAAUACAAUGAUUCUCUAUGGCCAGCCAUGAUGGCAUUGCGCAUGCGGUAUGAGAACCGGAAAGUAAGAUUCCUGGCUCUCAUACCCAUAGGGCUUGGAGGCGUGGCUUGAAACCGUGCCUCCAAGACCUUUAAUUAGUGAACUAAAUCCUUGAGAUUGUUAAAGUUCCUACAGUGAACCGUUAAUACACAAUGUAAGGCUAAGUAAUAAGUGCCCACUCCUGAUCUGUGGUACAUCAGGUAGAUCUGUGGCUUUAUGUAUUAAAUAGGUCUAUUGUUUUUUAUUAAGUUUGGCUAGACUAAUGGAAAACUCUUUGAAAAAGCAUUGUAUAAGUAUUUGUUGACUUGGGAUUCAUUUCAUUACACAAAACGUUUAUAUUUAUAAAUGAUAAAUUAUCUCAUAAACUUUGACAUUUUUCCAGAGUGUACCUGUAUUGAUAGCCACUGACAGUAUGUUUGUGAAUCCAGUUUUCUUGCAUCACAUGUAGACUUCCUCUCCUGGCACAGGUGGAGAUAGUACCUUUGCUACAUGCUGGUGUUGCUGGAUUCAAAUGUUUCCUAAUCUCCAGUGGGGUACCAGAGUUCCCCCAUGUCAGUCUAAUGGAUCUGCAUACAGCCAUGCCAGAGCUGCAAGGCACCAACAGUGUGCUUCUGGUGAGUAUUCUGGGCAUUUUUUACAAAACCCAUACAUACACAUUCAUUUAUUAGCUAUAUACUAAGGACUGUCCAUAUGUGAAUAGCAACACUCUAUAAUGGUUGAUCUGAUUCAAUGUUUCUUUACUAAAGUGAGAAUUCAAAGUGAAUUUCAAAUGUACAACAAAACUGUACAACCAUGAUGGCCAAGUGGUUAAGGCGUUGGACUUAACUUCCAAUGGACAAACAACCGCACGGGUUCAAACCCCACUGCUGGUACAUGGUGUCCUCAAAUGACACUGGUGGUUUUAACCAUCCCAAAUAUUAUUGAUCUUCUUAAACUUGGAAAAUUUUCAUUAACUAGUAUUCUACUAGACCCAUUUCAAAUUCACAAACAAAAUGCAAAGGAUAUUUGCUGCAACUUAGAGGGGCAAAGGUUUAAAAAUAAUAUCAGGAAUUAUUACUUUACUGAGAGGGUAGUGAAUGCAUGGAAUAGCCGUCAAGCUGAAGUGGUAGAGGUUAACACAGUGAAGGAGUUUAAGCAUGCGUGGGAUAGGCAUAAGGCCAGAGACUAAUGACAGUAUUUAGAAAAUUGGGUAGACUAGAUGGGCCGAAUGGUUCUUAUCUGCCGUCACAUUCUAUGUUUAUAUUAAAAUAGCCAAACUGGAUAAAUUCUCUGUCUGCUAUGCUUUCACUUUGGCUACUCUGGUCAUAAGGAUUUAACACUCACACGCACAGAAAUUGACGCACUUGGAAAACAACAGACAAUUUAGCACACGACUAUCCAGCAUUCAUUCAAAAUCGUGCACAGGAAAAGUGUUACAUUAGAAACAGUAUUGCAAUGAUAAAGAAUAUUGAAAUCAUAAACAAUGAAACUGUAAAAUUGUAUAAAUUAGCUGCCUAAAAUCACUGAAUGGAGUAAAGGGACACAGAAAGAGGGAGAAGAGAUUAGAUUUCAAUUUUUAUGAGAUUUUAAUUUUUUAAUCUUUAGCUGUAGGUAUAGAUUGGGUUAUAACUAUAACCGUUUAGUUUUUUUGUUUUUUUUAAGGUACACUUGCAAAGUUAAGAUCCUAAUGAACACAUUAAAAUGUAGGCUAUUCAAUUUAGUCAGGAUUUUAAAAAAACAUGUUUGAAGACUAAAAGCAAGAUAACAGAUAUAUAAAAGUUAAAAAACAUAUAUUUUUUUAUUUUUUCAGUUUCAUGCUGAACUUGAUGACCCCAAGAGAGAUACAGUCAUCGGAGGUGAGGCAAACACAUUUCCUUUUCCCUUUACUUUAGAAUACUGGGGGCAAAUUAUAUUUAUUUACGUGUCUAAACAAGUGACGUCUUCUUCUGUGAUGGUAAGAGGGUGAUCCUGGAAUCCUGGCAACCAGUAAAAUGUCAAAUAAUCCAUGAACCAGAUAUUAAUAAUGAUCGAAUGUUAAUCGAGUGUACAGUAUGAAUAGGUGAGGAUUGUACAAUAUGGCAAUUCUUCUAAAUCUGAAACAGCAGUUAAUUCAAAUCAAAGGGUUGUAUAAGUGUGACUCCUAUCAUUCAUAUCAAGUUUUGCAGUGAGUGAGGGCAAUUACAGGCUGCAAUGCAUUCAGAGCCGAUGUUAGAUUGAGGAAUAACAGGGAUUCAAUGUACGUCUGACAUGUGACAUUUCCAUGUUUUCUCGCAGACAAUGUGCUUUAUAAAACAUUCCUCGAUUCUCGCUCUGACCAGAUGGAAGUUGCUGCAGUUGAAGCAGUGGUCUGUCUUUGUCUGGAGUACAAGUAAGUACCGAGUACCACCUAGCUGUUACUCUUAUAUAAACACAGUAUGUUGUAUUGUAUGAAGAUCACAGCUUAUUGAAUAUGAUCAUGUCGGUUUUCCCUCAAAUUUAGGCCAUAGUUAUACAUCAACUGUUACUAAGUGUGGAAUAAAAAUAUUUGUAUGCCUGGGGAGAAUACUAAUAUUGCUCAGAAUUAUUUCAAAGCAUAAGAUGUUUCCUACAAGGUUACUGCUUAACAUCUGCUGGCACCCAUGGCUAUAAUAAGAACUGUCCACAUGUGAAUAGCAACACUCUAUAGUGGUUGAUCUGAUUCAAGGUUCAAUGCACAAUCAAAUAUCUGUUUCAAAAGUAAACUGAAUAAAAACAGAGUUAUAGAAAAUACAUUAACCAACUCUGUUAGACAUGAAGGAAGAAGAUUUCAGCUAUUGUAGAGAAAAAGUAAAAACAUAUGGUGUAGAAGAGAGCCUUUGAUUGGUUCACUGCAGUGUUUUGGCACACUUGCAUACUAGUCUCUUAAUGUUUUCCUGUGUGAAAGUAUGCGAAAGUAUUGGAUUGGCUAAGAUCAUCAAGACUGAUAAUGAGAGGAGAUCGAGGCUGCAGUGACACCAACAAACCACAAGUUUUAUAGUAAGUAAAACUUUUACCCUCACAGGGAGACACCUAAAUAGGUAGGGUAACACAACAGCGUUAGGAAUACAUGCUUGUAUUCUUAGUGCUAUAGUGUUGUUUUAAUAUGUGAGAUUACAGUUUAUGCCAACGAGUAAUCUGACUGCCAUUUUUUCUCAUUUUGUGACAGAUUUGUAAAUGGCUUGACAGUGGACUUUUCACCUUCUUUAGGAUUAACAGCAGAAUCGGAGAUGUGUUAAAGAUUGAGUUUGAUUGACCCAUCUUUUUUCAACCUUAUUAAGCAACCUUAAAAUCCGAGAUUGUCUAUUGCAGUCUAAGGAAACAUUUCAACAUGUUAUUGGUAUUUUUCAUGUAACUAAACUACAAACCCUUCUUGUUAAUUCAAUGAGAAGAAAAUUGCUAAAUAUUUUUUGAAGUCAUAUUUUCAAUUUAUAUAUUGUUACUAACCAUUUCUUACGCUAUUCUGGACUAAGACAGUCUGUAUCUAAACAGACAGAAGUGGGUAGUACUGAAAACAGAUGAUGUUGGGACUAUUAAAUCCUACAGAUGAUUAACAAUUUUAAAUAUGAAUUGAUGAAGUGUUUUUAUGUACAUGUAGUGUACUCUUAGAUACCAAAUCUGUAUACAGUGACCAUCCUGUCCUUGUAUCCACAGAGUACGCUGCCAUAUUGUGCACCUAUCCUCAGCGAAAUCGCUUCCGAUUAUCAGAAAAGCAAAAAAGGCUGGAGCACCGAUCACGGUGGAGACUACCCACCAUUAUCUAUCUCUAACUGCUGAAUACAUUCCUCCAGGGGCCACAUAUUACAAGUGCUGCCCACCCAUAAGGGAUCAUAGCAACAAGGUAAAGUACAAUUCAGACAUUGUGGAUGUGUGGUGUAACUGGGCUAAGUUAAAUACAAUUUAUUAAAUGGGAUUUUACUGCUUUUCAGUUUUAUUUAUUGUGUUCAAGAUAUUUCCAUAGACCACAUAUAUCCGAUUAUUUUCACAGCUUUCUUGAGAUCGGAUUUUAUGGGAUAUUCCAGUUAUGAGGAAUUUGAUACCAAAUGUACAAUUAUUAUUAUUAAAUUUUUUUUGCAAGUCCAUCAUAUUCUUGGUAGAGUCAUCUCUGGCAAUGUUAGACAUUAUUUCCUGAUUUAAUAUGUUUAUAUAUUUUAGUAGGUUACUCUAAUCUCCAGUCUUCUUCCCCUUUUCUGAUGCUGUGCUGUCUAUCUGGACAUGUUAUGUUUACAUUUUGAUCAUAGUACUCGGUGCACACCGGCUAGUAACUGAUAUCUAGUGACCCAACACGCAGAGUAAAUAUAUGAUGAUAGAUUAGACAACGUUUACCAGUCCUUAGAAUGGCCGAGUUAUACCUUGUUAGAACAAGAAUGUUCAGGGACAAGCCGAGUCAGGAAAGCCAGAAAUCAGGGAAGCGAAAAAACAGUAGCCGAGUCAGGGAGAACAGAGCGGAGAUUAGUCAGGAGGAAGCCAAGAUCAAAAUACCAGAAUAGACACAGAAUAUAACGCACUAUUGAGAACUGAAAACAGAAACCACAACAGGGCAAUGACUAACACCUUACAUGUUCUUUAUAUAGUCUAUGCCUUUAAUUGAUAGCCAUGCACCCAAAACGUGCGAAUUCAAACGUUUUGGCUGGCUAUGACGUCACAUGCGCUGUGCCAUAAAAGGGGGCGGAGUCACAGUGCCCGGCGUUGGAACCGCUGUUGAGAUGAGAGGGACCAUGGGAAGGGACCUUCUCAGGCUUUGUAUUAGCCUGGGCAACAUAAGGUAAUGUGACAGAAAGGACUAGUGGAUGACUUCUUCAUAAUGCUCAACACUUUGUCUUUGCCACUAUUAAACUGCAUAUUUAACAUUUUUUAUGAGCCAUACCAUAUAACAGUCAUUAGGAGAGUAUAUACCGGCAGACCUACAGGAAAAUCUACAUGUGUGUUGGGCGGAAGAAGGAGAAACUGGUGAACAUGAACCUGUAGUAAGCCAGCCCGAUAUUAAUUUGAUUUCAGAGAAGGAUUCUACAUCUCCUUUUACCACUUUAUUUCUAUUAGAGGAACAGAGACACAGCUGCACAUACUGUAUGUGUGUCCGGGGGCUUAAGUGGAUCCAUUCAAAACUAUGAACAGGGCUAUUAAAAGGAUGGUUUCCUUUAAUUGUAUUUUUGUUCCCUAUAUUUUAAUGCGUUAUCUAAAUAAUACAUUAAAUAAAUUGGAUAGGAUAGUGUUUGUGCCAGUGAGAGCAUUAUCAAAAUCCUAUGAGGGCUUAUUUUUACAAAAUAUGUAAAAUUAAAAAAUGUUUACAAAAUAAUGGCUAACAAGAAAUUAAUUAACAUUUCCUGUAUUGUGUAUCUACUAUUUUUUUAUUGAAGCAUUUGUUUUCGACUGAUCUCCUGUGAUACAUGCUAGCUCAUGCCUGGUAGAUACUCGAUUAAGUUGAACUAUAAGACUAGAUACAUAGUGUCAUUGAGUAUAGGAAACAUCUACGUGAUAUAUUUGUUUCCUGUCUCAUUAGAUGUAUCAAGUUUCUUAAAUGAAUAUAUUACUUCUGUGUAUCAGAGUUUUUUGGCUCGGAUGCUAAGGUUUUUUCCUAUUAGUACAUUUCUUGUUAGCCAUUAUCUUCGAGAAGUUAUUCCUGGAGAUAGUAUUUAACGUUUUAGGAAGGAUUGGUUUUACAUGUGCAUAUAGUUCACCUUUUCUUUUUACAUGUUUUCGUGUUUGGCAUCUCACUAUAAUUACAUUAUUAUUUAAAACAGUAAUUUUUAAUUUAUUAAUUGGCAUUUUUUAUAGUUUGAUGGGAGUAUCUCUAAUACUGGGAUGACUCAUUUCAGUUCAUUUCCAGAUAUGCAGUUAAUCCCAGAAUACUGAAUGUAUUUUUUUCAUAACUGGCAAUCCUAUACUAUUUACCUUUAGCUGUAUACAUAUGUAGAUUAUACCAGUGUUCCCAUUUAUCUUCAAGGAAAUAAUUGGCAUGUGAAUGAUACAAUGUAUCUGCCUGUCUGUCCACUAGGAGGCACUGUGGAGGGCUCUUCAGCAGGGAGACAUAGACAUGGUUGUGUCUGAUCAUUCACCCUGCACUCCAGAUCUUAAACUCCUACAGGAUGGAGAUUUUAUGGCUGCUUGGGGAGGAAUAUCCUCUUUACAGCUCGGUGAGUAAGAUCCCAUUAUCACUAAAUAUUUGUUUUCACAACUUAUUUUCAAAUAAGUGGCAGAAACCCAAACUUGAUCUAAAUGCAGCUUUUUGACCAAUGCCAUUAACCGGUGAUAGAUCUCUUCUUCAGAGUGAAACCCAAUGCAGGAUCAAAGAGGAUGUGAAGCUCUCGAAGUUAAAUGUUGCAAAAGAAAACUUUAUUAUUUUAAAGAUAUAUUUUUUAAAGUUUACCUAAAAAUAUAUUCAAUAUUUUUUUUAUAACAUUUUCCAAAUCAUUUGAAAAUGUUAUCCAAAAAUAAUUGAGCCCAUUGGGAGUCAAGGGGAUAAAAAUGUAAAGAAGCAAUACAUUUUAUUUUAAUUCAAAGAAGUGUUACAGCUGGAAUAACAAGUGCUAAUUAUACUCAAUGCUGAUCAUAUUCCUUAAUUGACUAAGCAGUGGAUUCUAGUGAAUGGAAAACCAAAUUCACAUAUCUGUAUUUCUAACGCUACACUCCUGAUUCCCCUUAAUACAUUUCGCAAGAACAAAACAAAAAAUCGAAAUAAAUUAAAAAUAAAACAAAUUACUCACCUUUCUCCAGCGCAGAGUGUCACUCUGCACUGCCACGACCUCCUUCUUCAAUCCAAUGCUCCUCAUUCACCUAAGAUUCUGGAAUAGAGAAUCAUUCAAUACAAUAAUGCACCAAGGUUCUGGUUCCCAAGGAUACAGAACAUCUUGGAGUCCCUUUGUGGCAGGUCUUUUGACCUAUCGAUGUGUCUUUCUGGCCACUGUUAGUGGCGGACCACCUGUGAGUCCAUUAAUCACCUUAUCUUUUAUCAUUUUAUCUAACAGUUUUACACUAUGUUUUGUUUUAUGUUUUUGUUUUUUUUUAUCAUUCUUUAUUUAUUGGUUUUGUGUUGGUAUCAGUAAUCAAGGGAAGGGAUACAGAAAACAAAAGAGGGAGGGGGGGGGGGUACGACAGUUCCAUUCAGACAGGUUUGUACCAACGCAGGGUACGUUUAAAAAUAUGGUAGUACAAUGGUGAACAGUAUGCAUUAGACUAUAAUGGCUACCAGUUAUCGAACCUGUGUUGAGGUGUAAUCUAGUACCCUCUCGAAGCGGUGGGGUCACCGAGGAAGGGGUAGAGAGUCCGUGCGGGUCGAGAGUGCGGCUGGCAUUGGGGUGUGUUUUCCUAUCUGCUUAGCUGGUAAGUCCCGGUCUAUUGUGUCAGUCCGAGUCGGCAGUUGUAUUUUUGCUUACAGGUCGAUCAUUCUCCUGUCAAGUUUUGAGGGACCCUAGUUGGUGUUUGUUGUGUUCCAGCUUUUUAACCCCCGCUUCGGGUUCCGCCUGUCAGGUUCGUCUCUGCGCCCGUUAGUAGGGUGGUCGUCCUAGUGUUUCCCCUGUUCCCAGGUGAAUGGUACUUCUGGUUGUGUCGUGAGUGGUUGGGUUGGUGGGGUGAGGCCUUGAGGUUGGUGGUGUCGUGGGUGGCCUGGUUAUAGUGGGUCGGGUUGGAGAUAGGGGUUGGGGUCGCGGACCGCCCGGAGCACGGCGUCCCUAAGAGUGGGACUGGGGGGGGCUGGGGCUCAUUGGUGGCAGGCUUAAGAGCCAUGGUCUCAUGUGUUCAGUGAGGGGUAGUGUGUUAGCUACCUAGUCGUUUGUUGUGUUGUUGGCAGGUGCUCAGUUUGUGCAUACGGCUACCAGGGGAUGGAUGUGUCUCCCUCUAGCCAUGGGUCCCAUACUUUGUGAAAAUGUUUGGGGGUGUCACGGAGUUGUGCUGUCAGUUUAUCCAUCUGUGAACUCUCUGUUAUUUUUCUUGUUAUCAUUUCUUGUGUUGGGAUGCGGGUCGUAGACCAGAGUUCGGCUAUGGCUCUGCGGAUGGCGAGCGCGAUCCGGGCUAUCAGUUUGUUUUCUGAUCUCGUGAAAGGGUCUAUGGGCUUGGAUAGCAACAGGGCCCAAGGGUCUGCCGGGCAUGGUUUGUGUAGUAAUUUGGCGAUUAAGUGGGUGGCGCUUUGCCAUAGCGGUCGGAGUUUUGGGCACGUCCACCAGCAGUGGAGGAACGUUCCCGUCUCUCCACAUAGCUUCCAACAUGCAUUGGAUGGUGUCUGGUGCAUAGAAGCCAAGCGUUGUGGUGUGAGGUACCACCGAAAAAGCAUUUUAUAUGCCUGCUCGGUGUGUGUAACGCAUAUGGAGACGGAGGCUGUUGCCUCCCAGAUAUCCGCCCAGUCUGUCGUUUCGGUCGGUGGACCCAGGUCUGUCUCCCACGCUGAUAUGUAUGGGAGGGAGCGUUGUGUGGGGUUAGCUAUGAUUGUGUACAGGUCUGAGAUUUGACCUUUUCUGUUGGGGUGGGUCACGCAUCGACGUUCAAAUUUGGUGAGUGGUGCUGUCCCCGCUUGUUUAAUGCUUGGGAUCGCUGCAAAGCUACGUAGUUGUAUAUACCAAAAGUGGUCAAAUGUUGUGAGGGACGCGGAGUCUGGGAUGUCUGAGAACUGGAUAAUGUCGUUGUCCUGAUAGAGGUGUCCUAUUCUAGCAAUGUCUCUUUGUUCGAACUUGGCGAAGUGUUUGGGUGUGAGGCCCGGGGGAAACAGUUUGUUCCGCCAGAUCGGGGUCAUCGGGGAAAGUAUAUUUACUUAUUUACUUAUUUAUCUUUCGCUUUGUCCCACUGGUCAAGUGCGUGCGUGAUCGCGGGUGCUGUCGGCGGUGGUAGGGGUCUGUGUGGCCUGGGUGUCCACAUGUAUAGGGACGGGUGGUCCCAGCCAAAGAUCAGGUGUUCCAAAUCCACCCAUCUCUUCUCACCCGGCUGUACGUGCCAGUGCUGUAUCUGUGCUAAGUGUGCUGCUGUGUGGUAGUGUAAGAAGUUCGGUAGGCCUAGGCCUCCGGAUUUCUUGGGGACGUAUAGCGUGCUCCUGCGUACCCUUGGUUUGCGUCCGUUCCAUACGAACCUAUCAAUAGCCGUUUGGAGGGCCUUGAAAUCUGGUUUGUGUAGAGGGAUUGGGAGGGUUUGGAAAAGGUAGAGGAACCUAGGCAGGAGGUUCAUCUUGAUGGAGGUCACGCGUCCCAUCCAUGAUAUGCCCAGGAUUUUCCAUGUGACCAAGUCCUCGUAUGCUUUGAGUAUCAUAGGGGUGUAGUUCUUGGAGUAUAGGGACGUGACGUUAGCUGUUAGUUGGAUCCCGAGAUAGGAAAUAGCCGAGUGGCAGACCCGGAGAGGGAAGGUGAGGCGGAUCCUAUCUAGCGUUGUGGUGUCCAUUUGGACAGGAAGCAGUUCCGAUUUAUUCAAGUUGAGCUUAUAUCCCGAAAUUUCCGAGUAUUCUUCCACAAUGGUGAGGAAGGGCCCUAGGGAGCGCUCUGGGUUGGUCAGGGUCAGCAGGAUGUCAUCGGCGUAUGCCGAAAUUUUGAAUAUUUCCCCCCUGACCGUGAUCCCCUCCACCUCCGUAUUGGCGCGUACCGUCCGGAGAAGGGGCUCCAGGGAGAGGGCGAACAGCAGGGGUGACAGAGGGCACCCCUGUCGCGUGCCGAUAGUGAUAGGGAAGCAUGGGGGUGGGAUAUUAGGCAACAGGAGUGCCCCCUGGGGGUCGUGGUAUACCGCUGUUAGGAACGAGGUGAAUUCUGGUGGUAGUCCUAUGUGUGUCAGAGUUUGGUGUAAGAACUGCCAUGUGAGGCGAUCGAAAGCCUUUUCGGCAUCGAGCGAUAUGACUACUGUUGGGAUACGUCUAUGGUUGGCGAGCCAAAUGAGGUCAAUGGCCCUUCGGGUGUUGUCCGCUGCCUGUCUCUGGGGUAUAAAGCCCACCUGAUCGGGGUGUAUGAGUGAUCCCAGGUGUGGAUUUAGUCUGUUUGCCAUGACCUUGGUCAUGAGUUUGAGAUCAACAUUAAGCAGGGAGAUCGGCCUAUAGUGGGCAGGUUCUAGCUGGUCCUUUCCGGGUUUGGGGAGGAGGCAAAUGUGAGCCCUUGUCAUGUUUGGGAGUUUCGGGUAUGGUUAUAUAGGUUGGUGUAGUAGUCCUGGAAAAUGCUACCUAUGCGAGUUGGGUCAUUGCUAACGUCGCCUCCUGUGGUGCGUAUGGCCGAGAUCCGUUUGGACUCUAUUCGGUGUUUGAGUCGGCGGGCCAGCAUAGUGUCCGCCUUGUUCCCUUUUUUCGUAGAACGUCCGUUUUAGCCACAUCAGGGCCUUGGAGGUGUCUUGUUGUGUGAGGGUUUUGAGGAGGUCCCGGGUAGCUGUCAGUUUAGUUAGCGUGGCGGGGUUAGGGUUCUUUUUGUGUAGGGUUUCUAGGCGGCGGAGUUCCGUCAUGGCGUCAGUGAUUUGCUGUUGUGUGUGUCUUUUUUUUAUGGGUGGCCAGGCUAAUGAGAGUGCCCCUGAUGACCGCUUUAUGGGCGGCCCAUAUCGUGGUGGGCGCAGUGUCCGCCUGUGUGUUUAGGUCAAAGUACUCUUUCAGCUCUUUAGCUAUUUUGUCGGUGAUUGAUUUGUCAUGCAGGAGAAGAGGGUUCAGCCUCCAUGACCAUUGUCGAUAAAUCGACGGUAGAGCGAGGGUGAUAGCUAUUUCCGCAUGAUCGGACCACGAUAUAGAGCCGAUUUCAGAUUUAGUGAUUUGUGGUACUAGGUUAGGGGUCACCAGGAAGUGGUCUAUGCGUGAAUACGUGCCAUGCGGGUGGGAGUAGAACGUGUAGUCUCUGGUUGACGGGUGUUGUACCCUCCAUAUGUCGAUCAGUUUUUGUGAGGUGAGAAAUUGGUGGAAUAGGGAAUCAUUCUGCGACGGGCGAGAACGUGCCGUGGCAGUAGAGGUCCUGUCGGUGGCUGGGGUGUGGACUGCGUUGCAAAACCCCCCGACCACGAGUCGCGCAGUUGAGUAAGUGUUGAGGUGUGUGGUCAGUUGUUGCCAGAAUGAGGCGUCUGGUGUCGUAGGUGCGUAGAGCGAGGAGAAGGCGUAGGUUGUAGUGCCCACUUUCCCCUGUAUGGUUACGUAGCGUCCCUGCGGGUCCCUGUUGCAUACCACGUCUGAGAGGGGGCAGUUGGCUCUCAAAAUAAUGGCUACUCCCUUCGUUUUGGAGUCUGGGGAAGGGGCCAUAUUGCUCUUCGGGUAAUGUCUGUUGGUGAGGGGGAAAGCGCAUUGGGCCGUGAAGUGGGUUUCUUGUAUAAGUAGGAUGUCUAUGUUUUGUUUGUGAGCCCAUCUUAGUAUGCCAUGUCUCUUGGCGGGGGAGUUCAGCCCUUUUGCAUUAAUAGAUACGCACCACAAGUUUACAGGCAUGGUGUCUUUGGUCUAUCGCUAGGGCUCUGGGGUGGGGAGUGUGAGAAGGUUGGGGGCCGCGCUCCCGGGCGGUCCAAGGCCACGGGGAUGGGGAGAGGGUGAGUGGGUGUUGGGGUUCUUAUCUAUGGGAAAGGCGGGGUUCGUGAGGGUUUUGGGGGUGAGGGUUGAAUGUUAGGAGGGGUGAUCCGCUGGGCUUAUAUUGUUGCCAGCAGUAUACGGGGUGAGCGUCUAUCCGCUCGGUGGGUGUUCGUACCCUAGUGGUGUCGUGUCGUCAGGGGUUGGCAAUCUCUAUAGCAGAGUUGCCGGCAGGCAAUGUGAGUAUUGAAUCGUAUACGUUGGUAGGUGGUGGUCGGUCCAAGUAGUGAUUGUGACCGUCAUGUCUAUCGUUCCUCACCUCGUAUGAAGGUGUAGGCGUGUAGGGUCAGUGCGUCCGUGCCGCCAGGGUCUGGUGAUGUGUUUGUAGCGUCUGCUAGCUCCCUUGUCUGUGUCGCGUCCGGUGCGUCAGUGGGUGCCUUUCGUGGUGUGGUCGUGACCGGGUCCAAAGGAGAGAUGUUGUUACCACAAGAGAAAAUGAGACAUUUAGAAAAAAUAUACAUAACAUGCAGAACAGUGACAGACAUUGCUGCGACAGUAUGAGUGUACCAUAAUAUGAAUUGUCUUUGUGCUCUGGAAGAUAGAGUGCCUCCAGUGAUCUGUUGGGGCAGGGGGAAAGGUGCCCGGGGGCGUCCAGUACAGGGUGCCCCGUGUUCGUGCGUUGAGUGGCUUAGUUACUUGGUCCCCCCCAGGGGUCAACCCCCCUACAUUAUUUUGGCUCGAUGUUUGUCUGGAGAUAGGCUUGCCCGUCAGUCCAGGAUCAGUGGUCUGCGUUGAAUGCAUGGGCUUGUGUGCAGUAGUAUGUCUGUGUCUGCAUGUGUUUUUUUUUUUUUAUUAAUCCCAUUUUGAGUGUUUUUUUUUUUUCCCUCUUUUCUUUUCACCCUCCCUUUGGUAGUUCGGCUGGUUGUGUAAUUAGCGGGGUGGGGGAGGGGGUCCCCUGUAGUGUGAGACUUCUGGCGCGUCUUUCCCGAUGGGGUGCUUUCCAUAUGGCUGGGGCCUAGGGACUUUAGUGUGGUGGGAGGGUGUGGGGUUCACUGGCUCCCCAGGGAAGGGCCCGAUUCCGUCUGUGUGCUAGGUUGUCUGGGGGGCUAUGCUUGUAUGGGUUCCCUGGGUGCCUGCCUACAGGCAGGUGUCAGUUGCCGGGGUCAGCUGGGCGUGUUCCCCACUAUCUGUCUAGUGUCCCCUCCCCGCUUUGAUGUCCAGAAACGGGGUUGGCAGCCUGUGUCCCCUGUGGGGGCAGUAGUUUGUGUUUGGGGAGUGUAAGAUUAGUGGGGUCCCAUGGGUUCUGUGUUCAGCUGAAGUGGGUUCAUCUGGGGGUCUAGUGGUGGGCUCAUUAGCGGCUGGGCCCGGGGGUCCCGGUGGUGCGUGUGUGGUGUGUUUUGUUUUUUUCCCCGUGUUUUCUUUGUGUUUUCCCUCCCUCCCCCCAUUCCUGUUCCAUACCCCCCUCCCCCCCACGUGAUUUCCCAUGCCGUAUUUGGCUGUAAUUGUAGGGCUAAAGCUUAGAGUUAAAACAUGCAACAUAGGGUUGCCACAUAAUUAGUCCUGUUUAGGGUAAAGUCAUAGCUUAUCUGGUUCCGGGCGACCUGUGGUCAGAUAGUUCGUGUUCUCCUGGCGUGCGAUGCCGUGGGUCCGGUAGUCUGUGAGGUGUGUUUGCGGUUGUCCUGGCGGCGUGGAAUCAGUGGAAGGUGACGGUCCAUGUCGUAGAGGUGCGGUCAUCUGAACGUCUUUAGGUGGCCGGUUGAGGGUGAGGACUGCUGGGAGGUGGAGCCCUUGUCGGGUGCAGUGUCGGGCCCCUUGGAGACAGUCUUCCUGCUGGGCGUCUAUCAGGCUGUUCGGCGGUGAGGUCAAUGGCCGGAAGGCCCAGGCAUUCCGCGAAUGCUGUGGCUUCGGAGAUAUGGUACAGAGUGUGUACCCGGUUGUUUUGUCUCACUUGUAGCUUGAAGGGGUGGCCCCAUGUGUAUCUUAUGUGUCUCCUGGCCAGCUCCAAGGUUAGGGGUCUGAGUUCCCUUCUCUUGCGUAGCGUACUUGGAGCUAAAUCUUGAUAAAAGCAGACUUGAUGCCCCUCUAUUUGGAGUGGGUUAUCUCUCGCCGCUCACAUCAGCGCUUCUUUUAUAUGGAAAUAGUGCAUGCGGAUGAUGAUGUCCCUGGGCUGGGUUGCGUUCGGGAGGGGUGCUUUAAGGGCCCUGUGGGCUCUGUCUAGUAGGAGCUCGGCCGGUGAAGCCUCGGGUAGUAGGCUGCAGAAAAGCUCUCUCAAAGUGGGGGCCAGCAUGUCUAUUCCAACCGUCUCUGGCACCCCGCGAAUUCGUAUAUUGUUGCGGCGGGAACGGUUGUUGAGGUCCUCUUGGGCCUCUUCCAGCAGGCGUACCUGGUCUUGUAGUGCUGAGAUGGCAGUUUCAUUUGUCUGUGCCUGCGUGGAGGUGCGGUCCAGCUGGUCUUCAAUGGCGGUAGUUCUGCGUGUGAGGUCAUUUAGGCUUUCAGUGAUGGGAGUCAGGUGUCUGGAAAACUCUGCAGCCAUGUUGGUUUUGAUCUCCUGCAGCAGGUGCCUGAGGUCAGCUUUUGUAAGAGGUGCUGCGGCUGCCGUGCGGCUGGUGUCACUUGCCGCCGAAUCUGAGUCCUCCUCGCGGCCAUCUUCCCCAUGUGAGGAGCUCUCCUCCCUGCGGGCGUGAAAGAUUGGCGCUACCUCCGCGCCAUGCUUGGUCUUGCGCCCUCCUCCCAUGUCGGGUCGGUGGAGUGCCGUAGCCGGGAUGCUGGGGACCGGGUGUGCUGCCCGUUCGUCGGGUAUACGUGCCGGUAAACGCUAAUGUUGUGCCUGCCGGUACGGAGCUCUAGCAGAGAGCAGCCAUCCGCACCGGAAGUCAGGCCUAUGUUUUUGUUUUUAAGUGAUUAAAAGCUGGAAUAUCAUUUCCUAACUGGAGUACUACUAGUAUAUUUUGGGAGACCGAUAACCAGUGUAUGUAUACUAUCUCAUUGGUGAUCCUCACACAUGUAAUUGUAGCACACCACAUAAUUUUUUGUUGCCUUUUGUGUUUAUCAUGGUUUUUUGGAGUUAACCGAGGUGUUGGUGACAACUAGGAGACUCACUAUACGUCUUGUGCUUUAAUACAAUAAUGGUCGACUGUGACAUCACUGCACAUGUGCACGUGAUGUAUGUUACGGAAUGAGAACCAGAGGGCUUGGAGGCAUGCCUUGAGCCUGCACUUCUAAGCCUUCUAAUUACGUAACUAGAGGGCUUCGACGGGAUAGGAGAGGGGGACAAGGCUGCAGGCACUAUGACAGCUUCAUUAAGAUACAUACAGUGUCCUUUUAAUGUCCGUUUAUCUAUACGGCCAUCUUUAACAAAUGUUUUUAAUUCACUACAUUUGUCUAUAAAUUGUUUUCUUGUUCUUUAAGCAGUGAACCGUGAAGCAAAAUAACUGACACUGGUAUCCAAGCCAAAAUGUUGGGUCAGAAUUUCAAAAUUCCUUUCACUUUACCAAAUUUCACUUUUUGUGAAUAAAACCCUUUUAAUUAUUAACUUUGUGAAAGCGGUGCAGCAUCUUCUUCUAUUCCUGCAGGGUUGUCUCUUUUCUGGAGCUCCGCAAGAGGCAGAGGAUUCACUCUGUCCGAUGUGUCGCAGUUGUUGAGCAGUAAUCCAGCCAAACUGUGCAGCUUGGACAAUUGUAAAGGGUCUAUUAAAACUGGAUAUGAUGCAGACUUUGUUAUCUGGGAUCCGGACAAAGAAUAUCAGGUAAAGAAAGUGAAAACCUGAGGAGUCUUUAUUAAGUAUCCAUGUGUUACUUGCAUGAAAGGGAAUAUGUACUCGUAUGGGGUAUAAAGAGAUACUGGUAACGAGCUGUAAUUGUUUAGAUGUUGCUAACACGUGCCCCCUGCAUCUCAAUAUUUUUUUUAAUACGCUUCUCAAAUUAUUUUAUAUUUUUAUUACACUUCUUCAUUUAAUAUUUUGAAAUCUGUUUGAAUAUUUUGAUGUAUUGAUAUAUUUUUUUAUAUAAUUUUUUUUAUAUUUUAAUAUUUCAAAAAACAUUUUUUUUAAAGGUUUAUCUAGAAAUAUUAAAUCAAUUGAAACGCUGAUCCAAAAAUAUUAAAUUGAGACCUAUGUUUGUAGACAUUUGUUGUUGGUGCAGUAUAAUUUAUUUUUAGGAAUUUCCCCACUAAAUAUUAAUGUAUUAGUGCUACAAAUCACUUCAUUCCUAUAGCCACAAUUAUACAUUCUUUAUGGGGAAAAAGUGCAAUUUUUUAUACAUUAUUCUCUAGUUUGUUACCCAUCUAACGUGUAAUGUAACUUAGGCUGAAAGAUAUAGUUGCGAAAGAUAAAUGCUGUCAUGUACAAUGGGCUCACAUUUUGUUAAUUUUUUUUUAUAUUUUAAAUAAAAAUUGUCAGCACACAAAAUAAAAGUGUACAUAUGAUGGACAGUUGUACUUUUGAUGAGCUCACGGUGUUGUCUUCCAUUAACAAUUAUUUUCUUUACCAUUCUCUCCGCCAUAUUACCUUUUGACUGCUAUUCAAUAUGGGAUGCAUAAAGAGAUGCUCCAGCUGACAGCGAACUGUCAGACAUGCCCAGGCCUUGCCACCCCGUCUACACAAGGAACCCUUAACUACAAAAUCUAAUCUCAGAUUUAUUUAUUUUUCUACAGGUGCAGGAAUCAAGGCUUCACCACAAGAAUAAGGUAAAUUCUCGCACAUCAAGUCAUUACAAAGUGAAACAUUGGGAGCUAUGUAUAGUGGCAUGUAUACUCAAAGGAUUGAGAAGCAUUUCUUAAAAAAAAAAAAAAUGUUCUCCUAUUCAAUAAUGGAACACUGAACACCAUUACAACUUGAGUGUGGUUGGUAGGGUGGGGAUUCCAGUAACAAAACUGACAAUGCCCCAAAUUGGCAAAAUGCUGACGCUCUCUCUGCAUGGUUAUUGUGCCCUAAUGAUGCACUCACUCUUUGAUUGCUGGGAUAUCAGGGCACCACAUCGGGAUUGGCGGGACAGGUCCCUGAAAUCAGAAUCAGGAUACUUGGUAGCCUGCUACAUUUCAAAAAGCUAAAAACAUUUUUAGCAAAAGAAAAGAUAGUUUAAUAUGGACAAGACGCAGGAUGAAUACGAGGACAAAACCAAAUGUACUUAAAGGACAGCUGUCAUCAAAUUUUCACUUCUCAUUUUGUAAAUGUUAUUACAUUUAAUGAAACUUCAUGAGAUUUUUUAAAAUGAUGUAUUUUUUUUUUAAAUUACACUUUUUAUCUGGCUGAGCAGCCAUAUUAGGUCAGACUCUACUGCUGUCUGACCAACUGCUGCUCAACCUAACUUCUUUGCUGCUGCAAUUGCUCUGUGUGUUCUCUAUGAACCUGCAGCAGCAGGCAGCUAGUUAGGUUUGGAGGAGUUGGUCUGAUAACUCAGCAUGCUCAGCGUGCUCAGCAUGUGCCUGGAGUGUCCUUUUAAGGAAUUGAGAGGAUACACAAGGGUGCAUUAUGGGAACAUUAUGCCAUUGAGAAGUUGUGGAGACAUUAUUAACUAUGAAACCAAAAGUCAUUGUGACAUUAUGUUCCCUAACACACUCUUCACAGAUAUGUCUGUUACAUUUUGUACGUGUAAAAUAGUAGAUUGUGAUUGGCUGGUCUCCCAAACCUGUUAUUUGCAAUGAGUUGUAAUGCAGGGCAAUUAAAUACACUAACAUGUAAGUGUUACACAAUUUAAUUGCCCUGCAUUGCAAAUCAUUUGUUUGUUUUUUUAAACUUGGCACCCAAUUACAAAUUCUUCAAACUGAAAGAAAAAUUAAAGGACCUCUAUAGUGCCAGGAAAACAUACUCGUUUUCCUGGCACUAAAGUGUCCUGAGAGUGCCCCCACCCUCAGGGUCCCCCUCCCGCCGGGCUCUGGGAAGAGGAAAGGGGUUAAAACUUACCUUUUUUCCAGCGCUGGGCGAGGAGCUCUCCGCCUCCGAUCCUCCUCCUCCUCUCCUCCCUUUCAGCUGAAUGCGCAUGCGCGGCAAGAACUGCGCGCGCAUUCAGCCGGUCUCAUAGGAAAGCAUUUACACGCAAGCGCCUCUAGCGGCUGUCAAUGAGACAGCCACUAGAGGAUUUGAGAGCUGGAUUAACCCAUUUAUAAACAUAGCAGUUUCUCUGAAACUGCUAUGUUUAUAAAAAAAAUGGGUUAACCCUAGCUGGACCUGGCACCCAGACCACUUCAUUAAGCUGAAGUGGUCUGGGUGCCUAGAGUGGUCCUUUAAGAGUACAAUACCAGCUGGUACCUACGACAAACCCUUUUGAGCCACAGCCCACACUUGCUAUGAUCACAGACUUUCCUGUAUGACCAGGUAAUUAAUAUCAUGUCAGAAGAGCAUAGCUUGAUGUUAUUCUGUUGUAGGGAAAUGUUGAGAUAUUCUUGUAUUUGGGAGAACUCGCAAUAUAUGACACUUUACUGAAACUAGCAAAGAGAGGAUGUUUGUAAGUUUAUACGUUUGUAAGGUUAUAUUGUACUCUCAUAGACUUUAAUGGUGAGUACUGUAUAUAAAUAAUUUGAAAUGUUUCUCUAACACAUUGUGAUCAUGCGGCAAACUUACCCAAAAUAAUGAAAUCCAGGCUUUAGUGAGAUAUUGUAAAACUGAUCUACCUGGUUACAUGUCAUAUAUCUCUUAAAACUAACAAAAAUAUCUGAAACAAAAUUUAAACAAAUUAUCUACUACACUAAGAGCAGGGUUACACAGGCCUCUCGAUCAAUACUGUUUUCUUUUAUUUGUGAACCUGUUAUUCUACAUAUUAACAUGUGUCCCUAUAAAAUAAUACAGUAAAUUGUAAUUUCCUUGUAUCAGAUUGCAGUUAGUUUAUGUGUAUCUUAGCAAUACUUACAUUCCAGUAACUGCUGUCCCCCCCCCCAACGCAUUACUUCAUGCUAUUUAACUCUGACAAGUAAUUAUUUAUUUAUUUUUUACAGCUUACCCCCUACCUGGGAUUCAGGCUAUGGGGAGACAUUGUUGCAACUCUUGUUCGAGGAAUUCUCGUAUAUCACAAAGGGAGGCACUACCCACGAGCUUGUGGAAAACCUGUCCUUAUACGCACAAUAAGCCCACCGGAGCCUAGUGCACCGUAUUACUGAGCCUUCUAUUUUUAAAUCUAUAGAUUGCACCCUACUAAUACUACAUACCCUACAUACUAAAAAAAUGAAUAAAUCUUACUUGAAGUGUCUUCUUUCAAUGGUAACCACCCAAUUAGAGACCAUUUCUGAUUACUUCAAUACAUUUACACAAAUAUCCUAGAUGGAAAUCCUCCAGGAGAUUAUAGAGGUGGGGUGGCCAAAAGACGGACGAGACGACUGUUUUCGACAUUGGCAAAGUUUCUUGGAUGUUGCGGUUGAACAAUAAUUCUAUGCUCUACUUCUGUUUUAUAUUGUCUCAGUUAAAUACAGAUUUCAUAUUUUUGAAAAAACCUUUAAAAAGUCCAACAUAUUCAAAUAUUAUAUAUAUAAAUUUUCAAUAUAUCAACAUAUUACCAAAUUAAAAUGUUUUCAUUGUAUCAAAUCAUUUAAAAAUGUU